GGUGAUCCACAGUGUAAAUAUCCGGUCCGGGGGCGGGAACACUUUUCAAUCUGUAUCGCUCAGGAUAGAGGGAGGGACGUUGCGUUAUUAUGAUGUAAGAUACCACUCAUCCUGUCUCUGAGUGUGUGUUCAUCAACGCUUCACUUGCUGUGUAACCCGAGUCCUGUAGCUAGCUUAGUGUUUUCCCCUUUCAGCACCCCGCCCCUUCCCGCCACUGCCGCUCUCUCCCUCCUUGAAUGGCUCUCAUAAACUUGUGCGGUCAGUGUGUGCCUACCUUCAGUUCGGGCCACAGACAAGAGAGAGCUAAGGGUGAUGGGGAAUGUGCCUGCGUGCUGGCCUGCAUGUCUCUCUGUGUGUACGUGUAUGUGUGCGAUUAGUGGCGGAACAUGAGGAAAAAUUAAAUCGGAGCUGAUGAAAUGUUCCACGCUGCUUAUGUUUUUCCAUCAGUCAUUUCUGGGAAUAUGUAUACGCUGUUUUUUUCUGAGAGGUGACGCCAGACUGGUAGUGUGAGUCCCUCUGCAUCCAGCAUCCUCUCUGCUCUGUGGAGCGAAAGAUAAAGCACCGUGUCAGUAGUGAAGGAGAUCAUAGGCCUUCAUGCCGCAGUAGUUCGCUAGGAUCAGAAUCCCUCGUGUUCAAGUUGAGAGGGGAUCAGAGCAUCCUUGCCUGAGCACUGAGAGGAUCAGGAACCGUCGAGGGGGAUCAUGAACUCCUCCGUGUCAGCCUCACCUACGACCGCCGGGGACGAGGUCUGCCUGGACGACUGUUACCUGCUGAAACUAAUGGGGGAGCGCUCACACACUGCCACCAUCGUCUCCAGGUUACCACUGUCCUUCAUACUGGUGGUCUUCUCCGGGAUUACUGUUGUGGUGACGCGGCGCACGGCUAGACUGAUGGAGCGGCCCUCUACCACACUCGUCACCAAUCUGGGGGUCACGGGAGCGCUGAUCGGCGGCAUCCUCUUCGUGACCACAGUGCUGCACCUCGUGAUGACGAUGUCCUUCAGAGCUGUAGUGAUUAUGGGGAUCAUACUGCCACGCACCCUACACAUCGCCAUCUCCCUCACACUUACCUGCCUCACCCUAGACCGUUUCCUGGCUCUCUGCCGCCCCUUGAGGUACUACGCCCUCCUCACAGACUCUCGCUGCUGUGUGCUAGUGGUGCUGUCAUGGCUUAUACCUACCAUUGUACUGGGCGUGGCUUGCAUCUAUGGCAGGACCUUUAAACCGUGCACUGACAUCCGGCCAUUCCUCGUGAUCUACCUUGUUAUGUUCAUCUCUACCAUUGCCGCUAUGGUCGUCAUGAACUUCUUAAUAGCGAGGGAGUUCCGGCGGCCGCUCGAUGAUGGUUCAGCAUUUCGGGAGGAGUUGGUGAUUGUGCGGCGCCGAACUGCGAAGGAGCUGAUGGUCGUGGUGCUGCUCAACCUUCUGUUUGCUACUCCGGAUGUAAUGAUGCAAAUAUACCUCCUCAACUGUCCUGAGACGCUGUCGGAGCUGUAUUACGUGGUGCCGCUGCUGCUGUUGGUUCACCUCCUCUGUUUCUUCCCGCUGUACGCCUGGAAGAACCUCGAUUUUCGCAAGGGCAUGCUGGACACCUUCACCUCCUACAGGACCUCCCUCACCAGGCUGCUGGGAAGGAUAUGCCACGUGUCCGUCACCGAGUGGUCCUUCGUCAGGGUAUCCUUCACUAGGUUAUCAAGGACUUCUACAAGCACUGCGUCCUCUGGUGUCUUGUCCGCGCCUUCUGCCGCUACUACUGUUACUACUACUGCGGCUCUUACUGUUACUACUACUACUACUGCUACUGCCGCCUUGUCCACCUCCACGUCCACGUCCUCGUUACCGUCAGUCGUCAUAGUCACUCCUUCAGAGGAACAUAAUACUGUGUUCUUUGCUUGAUGUGUGUCAUGGUGACUGAAAGUGCCUCGUUGUGAAGUGUUAUUGUGUUUCAUUCCUUAUUUAUCAACGUGCAUCUCCAUUUAUUAUUAUUUUGCUUACUACUACUACUACUACUACUACUACUACUACUACUACUACUACUACUACUACUACUACUACUACUACUACACCAUUAUAAUUUCACCGUUUUCUUCAUUAGUAUAGAUCGCAGUUUUUGUUUUCGCCAGAGUGUUGUUUUGCAUUCAUAAACGUGUCUCCUUAUCUGUGUGUGUGUGUGUGUGUGUGUGUGUGUGUGUGUGUGUGUGUUUGUGUGUGCGUGUGCGUGUGUCAUUUCCGUUAUUGUUUAUUGUCACGUCCAAAUUUCUGGAUUUUUUUUAUGAUAAUUACAAUGUUAAUAAUAAAAAAAAUAAAAGGUGAUUUUUCUUAAUGUGGAUAUCAUUUCCUCUCUCUCUCUCUCUCUCU